UGUAAGUAAGCAAGCCGAAAGCUAACGCAACUGCAGCAAAAACAUUAAAAACACGUUCACGGAGCAACCAGCCGAGGCUCUGGACGCUGCGACAGUCCAGCGAUAAAUGCGAACCACUUCUGAGGUCGGUCAGCUCACGAGUGCCAGCAACCACACAAAAAAGUGAGAGUAAAUUGAUACGAGUUCUCUCUCGAAGCAGCAGCAGCAGCAGUUGCUGCCGAAUCGAGGAAAGAAAGUAAACAAGACGAGUUCGUGCGAUUAUCUAAUCGAAUGUCGGAGGCACAGAUUAAUGGCCAGGCGCUCUCUAUUCCAACAUCGAGGAGGAGAAAACCGAAGCACUGAUAUAAAAACCAAAAACCAAAAACAAGAAAGCAACAACAACAUUUCGAUCGACCCAUUGUGAACUCUUUUCAUAUUCCAUAACAUUUAUGUAGAUCUGUCGCAUUGCUAAUUUAGAAAGCGCCCCGAACUGCAUAACAUUGCCUGGGCCGGAUUGUGACAAACAAUUUGCAGCUACUAUUGCUAUAUCUAAACAAAACACCAUCAUCAACAUCAGCGUCAACGAUAUCAACAUUUUGGGGGAGUUGGGGAUUGCAGCCUGCAUCUGGCUUUCUCUGAGGCGUGUCUCCGGCUCAGUCGUGUGUCUGUGUCGCUGUCGUGAACUUCGGCUAUAGUUUCAGUUUCAGCUGCCACUUGAAGCUUAACAAACCAAAUUCCGCGCAAUGAAAAUGCUACGUUUAACGCUAUUAUUCACCGUGCUCGUUACGUUUUUGGCUAGUGUCGAUUCCGGUAACAAUACGCCACAAAAUGUGCACGUGCCACACAUCGUCACCGUUCGCAAUGUGCCACGAAGUUUGAACAGCAGCAUUGGCAGCAGCGGCAGCAGCAGCAGCACAGUCAUCAGACGAGGAAAUGUUCCAGUUGCAGCCACAGCUGAGCAACAGAAGGAGGCAGCUGCCACAAAUGGCCGCGAUAAAAGAGGCACCAACAACAACAACAGUGCAAACAAUCACUUUCAAUUGGAUCAAAGCGAGUUGGCGCGCCAGAAUCAGAUAACGCAACAGAUAUUUGCCAAUUUUCUGGAGCGUCGCUUGUUUCCCAAUCGCACCGUCAGCCAGAAGGCACCCACCAUCGCUGAUAUAUUGCCCAAGCCAAAGCCCGCCACGGGUCGUCGUCCACAUCCCCGGGGCUUCUCCGCCAGCAGCGAUGGCUUCAAGAGGAGCGGCGGCGGAGCGCAACGGAAUCGUUUGGCAGCUGCAGCUGCAAAGCGAACAACGGCGACGAGCUCGGAUCGGGCGCGUGUUCGCUAUGAGGAUGAGCAGGAGGAUGAUGAUCUGACGGAUCAGCAGUUGCAGGCAAACAGUAAUCCACAGGAUGAAUUCGAUGAGGAUGUGCAAGAGUCGCUGCAGAGUGUUGAAUCCGAGCAACACGAUCAAUACUAUGGCAACAUAUUUCAUCGUGAUCCCAGUGAGAACGAAAUCGAUAGCGACUGCCCCAACUGCGUGGACGAGUCACAGUACACGCCGAAUAAGUGGACGAUGCCGCUGCUGAAGCUGGGCGAGAAGCGCUACUACCUCGGCAUCUUCUUCAAGGCGAAUUGGUUCAAAGCCACGCAAUAUUGUCGCUACCAUGGUAUGCACUUGGCUAGCAUUUCAUCACAGGAAGAGAACGAUAGACUGGAGAAACACAUACGCGACUUUGGCCUGGGCCACGAGCAUUUCUGGAUUUCGGGCACAGAUUUGGCCGAUGAGGGAAAUUACUUUUGGAUGGCCACCGGACGACCAAUCACGUUCACCAACUGGAAUGCUGGCGAGCCCAACAAUUUCCGCUACGAGAACGGUGAGGAGGAGAACUGUCUGGAGCUGUGGAAUCGCGAUGGCAAAGGACUCAAAUGGAACGAUUCACCCUGCAGCUUCGAGACAUACUUUGUCUGCGAGGUGCAGCCCGUCUGAAGAAGUUAAACCCGCCCCCCCAUUAAAUAUGUAGAUAUAUUCGAGAUAUAGGAUAUAUAUCAGGCAUAUGCGACAUUGCGGCACACACACAAAGAAAAAAUAGUAGUUUAGCAUU